AACACAAAGUCCACCAUAUCAAAAUCAUACAUUGCGCGCACAUGGUAAAAAGAGUAGAAAACAUUCUCACCCUUCUUGACAUCAUUCGGUGCAGCAGUGAUUAGAGUAGCCGUGAGCCUACAUACAUACCAAAUAUCAACCAUUCCAUGUUCCGCGGUUUCCAAGGAACCGGUUUUUUUACACUCUUGUUACAUAAAUUUACCAGUCACCAUUCUCUACCGCCGCUUCUCCGAGGUAAUCACCAGGAUGAAUCUGAACCAUUCGAAAAGAGUUGCCGCCUUCAGGGCUGUGGAUGAGUACGUCCAGAAUAACACAGUGAUCGGUGUGGGCAGCGGCUCGACCGUUGUCUACGCCGUGCAACGUCUGGCCGAACGGGUCAAAACAGAAGGAUUGAAGCUGGUGUGCAUUCCGACGAGCUUUCAGGCUCGCCAAUUGAUCAUCGAAAACGGACUAGUGCUGGGUGAUCUGGAGCAACAUCCCCGGAUCCAUUGCGCUAUCGAUGGCGCCGACGAGGUGGACGCCGAUAUGGUUCUGAUCAAAGGCGGCGGGGGUUGUUUGCUGCAGGAGAAAAUAGUGGCUUCCUGUGCCGACCAGCUGGUGGUGGUUGCUGACUACACCAAGGACUCCACGAAGCUUGGCGAGCAGUACAAGAAAGGCAUUCCGGUUGAGGUGGUUCCGAUGGCGUACGUUCCAAUUAGGAACAGAAUUGCGGCUAAAUAUGGCGGGAAGUUGAAUCUAAGGAUGGCCGUGUCUAAGGCUGGUCCUGUGGUUACGGAUAAUGGGAACUUUAUUCUGGAUUGGCAUUUCCCGGAAGGGGACCACGACUGGGAUGCUGUUAAUCGUGAAAUUAUGAUGAUUCCUGGAGUGGUAGAGACGGGAUUAUUUGUUAAAAUGGCAACGAAAGCCUAUUUCGGACUUGCCGAUGGGACUGUCACCGAAAGAAGUGCCUGAGGCUGAUAGUAUAUGGUAAUGUAUCUCACUCAAAAGUUUAUUGAUUUUUCUUUUAUAAAUAAAAUUAACAAAAGCAAAAAACAA